AUGGAUUUGGAUCCCAACGAGAUCCACAUCUUUCGCGACGGCCUACUGGGUCAAGGUGCCUAUGGUGCUGUCUACCGUGGCGUGUACCGGCAGGACAUGGUGGCAGUCAAGCUGAUCAAUGGCUCCAUCGUUGAUGGCCGGGCGCUGCAGCGCGACAUGGAGUCCUUCCACGCGGAGCUGUCCAUCCUCAGCCGCCUACGGCAUAAGAACAUCGUCCGUGUGUACGGCGGAUGCCUGCGGCCGCCGUGCAUUUUCCUUGUCAUGCAGCUUAUGCAACAAAGCCUGGACUCGGUCAUCCAUCACGGCCAACGGCACCUGACGCUGCGCCGUGCGCUGCAGCUGGCACGUGACGUGGCGGCAGGGCUAUCGUACCUGCACCCCACCAUAGUACACCGCGACCUCAAGCCCGCCAACAUCCUGAUUGAUGAGAGCGGGACAGCCAAGAUUUCUGAUUUCGGGCUUGCGCGUUACAAGUAUAAGGCGUAUCUGUCCACUCGGACCCCAGACCAAGGCAGUGUAGCUUAUAUGGCUCCUGGUACGUAUAUAACGGUCGUCUUUGUGUGGAAAUGUUUUGUACAGCAGAGGGGCCUGACUGACGUGACAGCGUGUCCUCUUAUUAAUCGCCUUAGGUAA